AUGACAACCAAGGACAUGCAUGUCAUCAUCAUCGGUGCCGGUAUCACCGGCCUGAUUGUUGGGCAGGGCCUCAAGAAGUUGGGAAUUCGGUACUCGAUCUUUGAGAAGGAAGUCUGUCUCAAUUACCGCAGCAAUGAGUGGACCAUGGCCAUUCAUUGGUCUCUCGAUCAUCUGGAGAAAAUCCUCCCUCCAGAGGUCUUCGAGAAGAUACCCUUGAUCUCGUGCAAUCCAGCCGUGCCAAUUGAGGCUGGCGGGCUAUAUCCCAUCAUUCAGGCUGAAACAGGCAAUCUAUUGACUGGAGUCCCUUACGAGAAAGGUCUGCGUGUGUCUCGUAGUAAGAUGCGAUCGCUUUGCUCAGAGGGAGUCGAAGUCCAGUAUGGAAAGAACCUUGUUGAUGUUGCAUUCAACGAGAGCGGGCAAGGCGUCAUUGCGACCUUCGCCGACGGCACAGCUGUUUCUGGGUCUCUCAUCCUUGGCGCAGAUGGUCCUCGCUCCAAAGUCCGGGAGUUCGCCAUAGGAAGCGCCGACGAGGCGGCCGUUAGCAAGUUUCCCAUCUUCCAUACCAACAUGACGGUGUGCUUCCAGGAUGCUGAGAAGGCCAAGUAUGUGCGACGGGAUUUUCCCACCAGCUACUUGGCUCUAAGCAACCAGUCAUUCCAUGCAUUCCAAUCCAUCUCCAAUAUGCCUGAUGGCCCAGAUCAUCCGGAGUCGUGGAUCUUCCACAUGGCCAUGGCAUGGCUAGGCGAUGCAAACAACGAAUUGAGUUAUCCCGAGCGCCUCGCAUUGAUCAAAGAACGCGCAAUUGGGAUGGGUGAGCCUGCUCGAUCAGCGUUCAUGUGGCUGCCAGAUGAUACCGAAGUGCACAAGGCAGACAUCAGCUUCUGGAUCCCAAAGCCAUGGAAUAACCAUGAUGGGAGAAUGAGUCUUAUCGGUGAUGCCGCUCACCCUAUGCCACCGUACCGUGGUCAGGGACUGAACCACUGCAUUUGCGAUGCUUCCUAUCUCCUCGCUGGAAUCUCGGGAGUCCAGGAUGGAAUGAUGGAUCUCGCCAAAAUGAUCAAGGACUAUGAAGCAGACAUUAUUCCAAGGGGUCAGGAAGAGGUCAAAUGUUCUGUCGAAAACGGGUACAUGCUUCACGAUUGGAAAAAGGUUGAAACCAGUCCGGUUUUUACUCGAGGCUUCAAGCCGAUGGAGGGCCAUGAUGCCAAGCCAGAGGAUGGGGGAGAAGACAUCAGCGAGCAUGCGAAGGUUCGUCAUGAGGCUGAUGCCGGGGAGAACGUGGGAUUGGCAGCUGCGUAA